GUCAACACAAACGUAGCAGUUACAAACCGCCCUCUAGGCAGCAGUGUUUCCGAUCUUUUCCCGCCAAAAAUAUUCACGCAGCGGCGAAGAGAAAGAAUGUCCAAUCAGGACGUGGAUUUACCCAAAACAGACAAGAUGGCGGCGAACGGCUGUGUGACUGCAGUCCAGAUCGGCUCCCUCAGCCAGGCGGAUAAAUCACAGCUUCAUCUUUUACCAUGCGAGAUUGAACAUGACGGGCCAGCUGAGGUGGCCAAGUUUUUCACCCCAACAGUGAAAGAACACAAAUGCGAAAAGACUGUGUCGUUCAGAGGUCGUGGGCUGAAGGGUCAGGAGGUGAACUGUCCACAGGGCUACACAGGACUAGUACUGAAAGAAGUUCAAAGACCAUCUUCAGAUCAAGAGGACAGAAUAGUUAAAGUUUCUUCAGUUUUCCAUAAUUUUACAUAUUGGAACUUGGAGACCCCUCCUACAUCCGAUGAUUGUGUUGUGAUGGCAAUGGCGUGGCCUAAACUGGCUGAGAUGAUACAUGCACCAGUGGAUGGCUGAAAGUCAGAGUUACAACAGUGAGGGAUUUGCCCAGUAUGCCGUUACAUUUCCACAAAUGUGUUUCUGUUCUACCAGAACUACAGGCUAAAAGAGAGCUCUGUGCUGCUUGAUUAUUUGAUUGUACAGCUAUUUUUUUAUUAAUCAGUGUCAUUUCUUUCGAAUACGUACGGAGUUGAAUUAGAGACAUGACUUACUUUGUAAAGUUGUUUUCCAAAUAUUUUUGGUUCAUAAUUACAGUUAACAUACUACAUAUUUAGAAGCAGACCAGUACACAAUAUUUCAAAAAGGAGGAAAAAAACAGACCUAGUAGUAAUCUCUCAUUACCAAACACUGAAGGAUUUAAGAAAAACCCUAUUUAUGUUUGGUUUGAGCACUUUGAAACUAAUAGAUCAACUGGGUGUGGUUGUUUGAUUAAUGUUUAGUUAAAGCACCAAGCAACCCAGCUUUAAGUAUGUUAAUGUUGGCCUUGUGGUCUCACUAUGCAUGUACUCAUACAUUCAUAAGUUGGUCCAAUGAACACCUUUCCAAUGUCUGCAUAUACUUAUGCAUUUCCCCUUUUGAUGUUAAGGUUAUAUAAAGUUUAUCCCCACCAGACACAUGGCUGAUGUUGUAUGACCCUCCCAUGUGGCUUUUAUCAAAACUAUGCGUUUCUGCUUGAAAAUCUCUUCAAGCAAACAUACAACCAUGUUGUAUGGUUGUGACAGCAAUUCCUUCACCACGUUGGUAGGUUCAUACAUGUAGGACUGAACAAUCUUGAUUCUCUGUGCAUGCACCACUAUAUAUAGUUCUGAUUGACUUAUGUAACAGUCUGAUAGUAUUGGAUAGACAAAUGUCAAUAAAGUGUGCUCAUUAGAAUGUAA